AUGUCGAAUGUCACACGCGGAAAGAAAUUCAUAAAGCGUCCUGAUGAUGCCCCGGUGAAGAAGGAGAUAGAGAACUUAAAAUCUGAUAUCAAGAACUUAGACUCAACUGCAGCAGAAAUCAAUGCCCUGCUUGACCGCUUGAAACUUGACUCUGCGACCGUCGAGAAGAGAAAGGCAUUACAGGGUGAGAUGAAGGAAAUCAUCGCCAAGCAGAGCGCCUUCAAAACUGAGAGGUCUGCUAUUCAGUCACAAAUCAAAAACGUGGAGGAACAAAUGAAGAGAAAAAUAGCUGAAAUUCAAAGGUUGACAGGCAAGACAAGCUUCCGAUCGGUGGCGGAAAUUGAUGCUAGAGUGAAAUCAUUAGAGGAUUUAAUUGGAUCUGGAGAUUUGAAGCUCGCCGAGGAAAGAAGAUACGUUAAGGAAAUGACCUCCUUACGUAAGUUGCGGAAGGAUUUUGCUGAGGUGGACGCACAACAAAGCUCAAUUGACAACGACAAGAAAAAGAUAACCGAACUCAAGGAGCAAGUCGGCAAAAUUGGAAAUAGGGAAAUUCAAUCUCGCUUCGAGACUAUCCAAAAGGAAUUAGACGAGAUCAAUACUUCAAGCAAGUCCAUUUACGAUCAAAGAUCGCAAUUGAUGGACAAGCGUUCUGAGUUGAGAAAGUUGAAGGACUCUAAGUAUGACCAGAUACGCAAAUUGAAGUCCGAUUUUGAUGUCGAGUUUGCUAAAUUUAAAGAGCAAUUGUCCGAAGAGAAAAAGAAGAGAGAUGCUGAAUGGAAAGCGAAACAAGAAGAGGAGAGGCAAAUCAAACGUAAGGAGGAAGCAAAGAAAAAGUUGGAGGAGGCUUCAGUUCCUGCAUUUGCCAGUGAAAUCAAUGAAAUUCAUGGGUUAUUGUCUUAUUUUGAUCCUUCGUACAAAAAGCCACAAAAGAGCAUCCUUGCCAACGUGACAAAUCUGUCCUUUGAUGCGAAGACGAACAUCAGAAAAGUUGAAAUGCCGGAGGAUGUUGUGGUUUUGAAAAAAGAGCAGCAAUCAUUCUAUGAGGGAUCUGCAACAAAAAAAUCGAAGAAGAAGAAUACUAGAUCUAAAAACUUCACCGUGGAGCCAGAUGUGAUUGUUUCUUUGUCAAAUCUUGCAAUUCCCCUACCAGUUAAACUGGAGGAUGUGGUCAAAACUAUAGAAACUUUGAAGAGCACAUUGAGAGCCUUAGAAGAAAAGCGAGAUGAACAGACUCAAAAAAAUAUUGAGAAAGCCAAAGAGGAGAUCGCGAAAUUGAAUGAAGAGGCAAACGUUGAAGGGGCCUAA